UCUAUGGACCCUGAUCGACAUCUUCACCGAACGCUGAUCGUCGUAGCAGCUCCUAUGAUCACUCAAAUGACAGGCAUCAACAUUAUCCCAUUCUACUCCAAUAGUAUUCUUGAGACGACUGUGGGGUACUCGGGAAAUAUUGCCAGAAUCGUAUCUGGGUGCAUGCAAAUAAUUCUUAUUAUAGGGGCCAUCAUCGGUUGCUUCUUUGUGGAGCGAAUUGGUCGUCGCAGGCUGAUGCUUUUUCAAACUGGUUCCAUGAUCGUCUGCCAAGCUGCCGUUGCAGGGCUUUCAUCAGACCUAGAAAACCCCGUCGCGGGUAAGCUAGCUCUCCUCUUUUAUUUCCUCGCCAUGCUGUUCCUCCCUAUUGGGAUGUUUAUGAUUCCGUUCAUGUACGCCGCCGAAAUUGCACCGGCAUCCAUUCGACAAACAUACGCAGGCAUGGCUGCUGCUAGUAGCUGGUUAUUUAAUUUUUAAAUUGCUGAGAUCACUCCUGUUGGAAUCACUAGCAUCGCCUGGAAAUACUACAUUAUAUACGCAUCUUGCAGUACUGGUGCAGUGGUUGGGAUAUAUUUCUUCUUUCCAGAGACCGGGGGCCGCUCACUCGAGCAGAUCGAUCAAGUCUUUCGUCAGUCUCACUCUAUCUUUGACCUAGUUAGACUGUCACUAGAACCCCCCACGGAUUUAGACAUGUUGGAGAAAAUUGGCAAGUUCCCCACGAAGGAAGACGGAAUUAUCUCGGCUUAAGUAUCUCUCGUAUAUGACUAAUUAAUAUAUUAAGAGUAAUUUGCGUCACCUAUCC